CGCUGACCUUCCCCUCUCCCCUCCAUCUCCUCCUCCUCCGUCUCCUCCAUCUCCGUCUCCGUGCCCGGAGCAUGGCGGUGCCGCGGCUCCUGCGGGCAGCGGCCCCGCGGCUCUACAGCACCGUCCCGGUCCCAGCCCCGGUCCCGGUCCCAGCCCCGGUCCCGGCAGGCAGCCGGCCCCGCGCUGACGAUGACAAGCUGCUGACCGAGCCUCUCAGCCACCCCGACUUCUUCAGCGUGAAGGAGCUCUUCACCCUGAAAGAUCUCUUUGAUGCUCGGGUGCACCUGGGCCACAAAAAGGGAUGUCGGCACAGGUUCAUGGAGCCCUACAUCUUCGGCUGCCGCCUGGAUCAGGACAUCAUCGACCUGGAUCAGACCAUGCAGCACCUGCAGCUGGCCCUCAACUUCACGGCCCACGUGGCUUACCGCGGGGGCAUCAUCCUGUUCGUCAGCCGCCGGCGCCAGUUCUGCCACCUGGUCGAGAGCACGGCGCGGGCGUGCGGGGAGUACGCGCACACCCGCUACUGGCAGGGCGGGCUCCUCACCAACGCCCACAUCCUGUUCGGCCCCGGCGUGCGCCUGCCCGACCUCCUCAUCUUCCUCAGCACCCUCAACAACGUCUUCGAGCCGCACGUGGCCAUCCGCGACGCGGCCAAGAUGAACAUCCCCACGGUUGGGGUGGUGGACACGAACUGCAACCCGUGUUUGAUCAGCUACCCCGUUCCCGGCAAUGACGACAGCCCCGCGGCCAUGGAGCUCUACUGCAAGCUCUUCAGGAUGACCAUCAUCCGUGCCAAGGACAAGAGGCGGCAGAGCGAGGCCGUCGAGGAGCUGCAGAGAAAAGCUGAGGGCAAUUAGAGCCCCGGGGAUGGGCUGGGUGCCUCUGCUCCGAUUCCGUGGGCUGGCUCUGCAUCCCCCGGGAUGUCCUGUGCACGGUGUCCCCACGGCGGUCACAGCCACCCAGGGGCUCUAGCUCUGAAAGAUUAUCCAGAGCAACGCAAGGGAAAACGGAGCCAGGCCAGCCCCUGCGCCUGUCCUUGAGUUUGUCACUGUUGCAGGGAGGUGCCGCUGUCCUGUGGCUUUCCUGAGCUGGUGAUCUCACCUGAAACCACUUGUGUCUUGUGUCUGUUCUUAGCAAAUAAAGGGAUUUAUCCCCCUGA